UUCUAGUUUCACCAACUACCCCAUUAGCUUUUCACCAUUGUAAUGGAUCAGAUUCAUCAUUUUAGUCGACAGAUGUUGAAUGGCAAUUUGGCAAGACAAGAGGAACAAGCAGACCAAGGAGGAUCAAUUGUAGGUAUUGGCAUUGCAUCUGUUAUGAUAGUAAUUCUUGUCGUUGUCAUUUUUGUUUCCAUCUGCAAGUGUUCUAUCAGCUUAAUCAACUUUCCUUCUAAUAAUCAACAAAAUCGAACAACAUCCAACUCAUGUUCCCGUGAAUCUGAUACACAGACCCACCAUGAACUUGCAGCCCUCCCAGUUUUUGUCUUUGGAGAGCAAUCACCAGCCUCAGCCCCGACGUUGCCACAAUCAUCAUCGUCAUCUUCUUCUCCUUUCGCGUUUUCUGAUAAAAGCUGUGCAAUUUGCUUGGAUGAUUAUGCUCAUGGAGAGUUCAUAAGGGUCUUGCCUAGGUGUAAGCACACGUUCCAUAAGGACUGCAUCGAUGACUGGCUAUCAUCAAGAACUUCAAGUUGUCCCAUUUGUAGAGACCAAAUCAUAGACAAGAAUGUGGAGUCUACAAGGAUAUACUCUCCUAACAUGGUGGAAAAUGUUAAUGGAUCAUUUACUCUGUUUCCUGUCAGCAAUAGCACGAUACCCAACUGAACGGAGGAGAUAUGCUUUUCUUUUUUCCUGGUUUGAUUGUGAAUUAUGAUAGUCUGAUAGGUGUAAUUCACGAGCCAGAAGGUUUUUGGAUCUUAAGAUCUAUUAUCAAAAUUUUUUGUCAUUAAUGAGGUUUGAUUGAAUAAAAAUCUGAACUUCUAGCGAGUUCUGUUCUAA